AAAUUAUAUGAUCUGAUGAAACUCUACUGUAGGUAAUUUUUAUCUGUGCUCUGUGUGCUCCGUAGUCGUGAAUCGAAAGCUUAGCGACCACUUCCCUUUGUCUUCGCAACCAUCCGCUAGCUGCCUUUGUGUCUUUUGGCUUCUCCGGUAAAAAUCCAGAAAAUUACUACAGGAACACAAAGAACAUGACAUGACUUAGUGCCGCUUCUUUUAGAUGCCUUCCCUUGUCGUUUGCAAGGGGUUGGCAGAUCAUGCGUUUUCAGAAUGUGUCAUUUGCCUUCGUUGUUGUCCGCACCUGUACAAAGCUUAAUGUUUACGUCGAGGAAGACGAAGCCCUUGGUUCGGGCUCGCGGCAAUCACGAUCCGCAAUUUCGCGUCCGAUCACGAUGUGUUUCGCAAUCCUGCAUCAUCAGGUUCAGGACGACCGAAGCACUCUCGGAUCCUACAACGUGGCAAAGAUUUUUUUUUUCAGAAAAGUAUACAAGCUAUAAUUUUUUCCAGAAAGUAUCACAAGGAAGAGGAUAGGGCGGCGAUGAAAGGGCUUUGCUUGCGCAGAGCAGUCGACAUGUAACCUUUCAUGAAGGAACG